CCCUGCUCGGGAGAACCGCGCGCUCCUCCGGCGCGUUUCUGAAGUUCGGGGAGGUGACACCCGAGUUCCCGCUACCUUCGGCGAGCGCCGUGCUUUUGUUUGUGCCCCUCGCGCGCUUCCCGUCGCCCCGGUGCGGGGCCGCGCGGCUGCUGCUCCGGCCGGGCGCGCGGAGGAAAUAGAUGCGCAGCCGAGGCGGCGCGAGCGGGGCCCGUGGGACCCCAUUGGGGGAAUCCGAUCCGAGGAAGCCGUGACUUUGCCGCGGGAGGAGAGGCGCCCAGAUCGCGGCGGGCGUCGGAGCCGGCGGAUCGCGUCCCGCAGGACCAUGGCGCGCGGCGCCCACGGAGCCCGCGGCGCCUCGCUGCUCGCCCUGGCCGCGCUCUGCCUGCUCCGCGCGCCCGCGGCCCGGGCGGCUGCCUGCGAGCCCGUGCGCCUCCCCCUGUGCAAGUCUCUGCCCUGGAACAUGACCAAGAUGCCCAACCACCUGCACCACAGCACGCAGGCCAACGCCAUCCUGGCCAUCGAGCAGUUCGAAGGGCUGCUGGGCACCCGCUGCAGCCCUGAUCUGCUCUUUUUCCUCUGCGCCAUGUACGCGCCCAUCUGCACCAUCGACUUCCAGCACGAGCCCAUCAAGCCCUGCAAGUCGGUGUGCGAGCGGGCCCGGCAGGGCUGCGAGCCCAUCCUCAUCAAGUACCGCCACGCGUGGCCCGAGAGCCUGGCCUGCGAGGAGCUGCCGGUGUACGACCGGGGCGUGUGCAUCUCUCCCGAGGCCAUCGUCACGGCGGACGGAGCCGAUUUUCCUAUGGAUUCUAGUAAUGGAAACUGUAGAGGGGCCAGCAGUGAACGCUGCAAAUGUAAGCCUAUCAGAGCUACACAGAAGACCUAUUUCCGGAACAAUUACAACUAUGUCAUUCGGGCUAAAGUUAAAGAGUUGAAGACUAAGUGCCAUGAUGUGACUGCAGUAGUGGAGGUGAAGGAGAUUCUAAAGGCGUCUCUGGUGAACAUCCCAAGGGACACUGUCAACCUCCACACCAGCUCUGGCUGCCUGUGUCCCCCACUUAACGUUAAUGAGGAAUAUAUCAUCAUGGGCUAUGAAGACGAGGAACGCUCCAGAUUACUCUUAGUGGAAGGCUCCAUAGCAGAGAAAUGGAAAGAUCGACUUGGUAAAAAAGUAAAGCGCUGGGACGUGAAGCUCCGUCAUCUCGGGCUGAGUAAAAGUGACUCUAGCGUCAGCGAUCCGGCUCAGAAUCAGAAGUCCGGCAGGACCUCUAACCCCCGGCAAGCACGUACCUAAACCCUGAAGUGCGAAGAGUGACAUCAGUGGCCUUCCUACUAAGACUUGCAUUGCUGGACUAGCAAAGGAAAAUUGCACUAUUGCACGUCAUAUUCUAUUGUUUACUACAAAAAUCAUGUGGUAACUGAUAUUUCUCCCCUUUUUCUGUUUUUCUCCUCGCUCCCCCCCCCCCUUUUAAGUCUCUAAAUAUGUGUUUUCUAUUUCACUAAUCACGGAAGAACCGUUAUUUUGCAAUAAUAAUAAAUUGAACUUGUUGAUACUAGGGCCUCUUUGCUGGAGUCCCUGAUGUUAAUUUCAUCUGCACUCAGACUGGGAAUGCAAUUCUGGAUGUAAGGCGAGAUUUCUGGUAUAUGCAGAAAGCCAGGUACGCUGUAAAACAUACUCUGGUGAUCUAAUUACAGCCUUAUUUUUGUAUGCCGUUUGGGUAUUCUCAUGCUGAGACAGUUCUAAAUGUUUAUAAAGGUAAAAUGGCAGUUUGAAGUCAGAUGCCAUACAGGCAAAGCAAUCAAGCACCAGGAAGCAUUUAUGAGGAAACGACACACAAGAUGAAUUGUUUUCAAGAUUGGCAGGAAGCAAAAUAAAUAGUGUAGGUAGCUGAGGAAAGAACAUUUUGCCUGAUGGAGAAGCACAAGUGAAACCAGGAGCCUUUGGGGAGUUUACAGUAGCGUUUUUCUUCUCGAAGUAUAUUUGAUUUGUUCAUGAAUAUAUUGAUCGGCUUUAGGGAGGUGACUUAUAACUAGACAUCUACUGUUGUCACCCUAGUUCUGUUUAAUUUGUUUCCUUCUAAAUAAACCCAUUGGUGAAAGUCUUUCCCCUCGCUCUCUUCUUUCAUAAUAAAUUGGACUUCUGUAUUGGCUAGGAAAAGCGUGCAUACAUGAGCUUCAGGGUGUUAUUUUAAAAAGGUACAGAGCUUACAAAAUGCCAUUGUUUACAAGACAGUGAAAUGUGCAAAAAUAUAUAUUUUUUGCUAUGUGUUUGUGGCUGUGUUUGUGUACCUGUAUGUGUAUGCACUUACUCAAGUUGGACUACAUUACAGGCUUAUGCACGGAUCUGGUCAUGAUCAUUUGGAUUUAUGCUGUUUAAUGCUCAGAAUUUUCUAAUAAAAGGAAUUUUGGUUUUCAGGA